AUGGAGUUAACACAUUUCUCUCCUGCAUUUGAGAUUAAAAUAGAACCAGUUUUCAUUUUUCUAUUUAGAGUUACUACAAUGUGCGAGACCAAAAACACUGUUUUGAUUAUUGGAACAAAAUGGCUGCCAGGAAGUGGAGAGCUUACAGUCCCAGCAAUUCAAAAAGAAAUUGGAAUAAUGUUUGUAAAGAAUGGUAGAAAAGUGUUAUGUACAGUACUGGAUGCAACAGAAGAAGAGAAAAAUGAUGCUUUACAUCAUGGAAUUGAUCUCCUUCUGCCGAUUAUAAAACAUCGUUUAAAGUGCAAAAACCCUACCACAGACUGGCUUAUUUUGCAUGAAUCAUAUUUUCCAUCUCUUCAGAACCGAUCCGAUAUAGGCUUAAUUAUUGGCCAUGCCACUAUCAAUGGAACGGCAGAUGCAGCAAGAUGCAUUCAGUCUGAAGUUUUCCCAGCAUGCAAAUUUGUCAAUUUAUUUUACACCAUCCCAGAAGAUACAAGAACGACACCCGAGAUGGUUCAAGAAGCGGAGAAAGAAAUGUUAGAGUGUGCAAAAUAUGCUGAUCUUGCUGUUUCAUUAGGUCCUCGAGUGUGGAGGCAUUACAAUAACAAGUUUCGGAUUUUCAAAACUAAGGAACACAUUCAGUAUAUUCCAUUUGUUGAUGAUAAUAUAGCAAAGUUGGAAACCACUUGCUCAAGUCUAGAAAAUGGAAUUGAAAUUUUGUCUGUUCAUCCCAAUGUAGAUGAAAACUGCCUUUUGGGAUAUACCAGAGUGGCUCAUGCUUUAGCGCAGGUUGCAAAAUCUUACAAAUAUGAUGUUGUCAAACCAGUCUGGAAAUUUAUAGGAUACCAAUCAUCUGAAUUGAACUGUGAUCAGUGUAUUAAUUACUUGAAGUCAAGUUCAAGACCCAUAGGUAUCAAUUUCUACCCACCCCUGGCUUCCCUUGAAGAUCUCCGUACUGAUUUUCAUCAAUGUCAACUUGUUGUUUUUGCACCAGAAUCUGACCCAUUUGGUUUAAUUGCAUUAAUGGCCAGCAUUGCAGGUGUACCAUUCCUAACUACCAGUCAUUGCGGUUUUGCAGAUUUUCUUUUGAUGAACUUUCCAGACAUUGCUGAUAACUUUAUUGUACAGGUCGAUAAUAAUGAAGUCGAUGUUUGGGAAGGCAAAUUGAUGGGGGUUGUGAGAAGGUAUCAGAUUGCAUAUGACAAAAGCCAACGAUUAAAGGGUAUACUCAUACAGAGUGCCACAAAUGGAGUGAUUGCUGAAUCACAUGCACGCUUUCUGGAAUGGUGUUGUUCGUAUGUGUGUGAGGUUUCAAACACUACAAAAGGGAUCAGCUCACAAAUGCAAGGAAAUCCUCAUCCAACCAUUCAAUCUGAAUCCGAGCUGCAGCCACAACCGAAGAAGCGUAAAAGACAGCCAGGUGAGCUUGAAAUUGAAGUGAAUGUGGAUUCAUUUGAAGAGACGGAAGCUCAGAGAGUUAGACAGAUCAAAGCACAGACAUUAUCUGAUAUUGCUCGCUGCCUCUUCAGUAAAGUCAAAACAAUUGACGAGGUCCCAGCUAUGAAGAAGCACCUUGAUGACAUUGGUGAUAUCAUCUGUAAACACAUUGACCAUAAAUGUCUGGUUGUUGUCGUAGAAUGCCUGUCAUUAUCAGCUCUGAAGCGACUGUGGCAGGACUACAAAGUGGAGAAAAUCAAUUCUAUCCUUCAGGAGGACAUUGUUUCAGAAGAUGUUUUGAGAGAAUGUGGUGCUUCUAAGAUUGUUUUGACAACUACAAUUGAGAGAUGGCAAUAUCGUAAAUGUUGCUUGGAACUACAAGAAGGUAAAUUGUUGGGAGAUGAGAGUACCGAGACAUGUGGUAUCUGUGGGUCAAAAAAGACGUCAACUCAACUGACAGAUGUACUGAAACUACAUCAGUUCAUGCAGAGACCGAUAAUGACAAAGACGAUAUUAACAAGUGAAACCCAUAGUUCCUCUAUAGUGAGAGAGGCACUGUGGGCAACAUCAGGGCCUGACCCAUCUUCUGUACAUCCACGAAGAAUUACUGGUGUGGACAGAAUUGAACCUGAACUUUAUGGAAUAGGUGCAGAGCUGAGCAAUAUUGGUGAUGAUCUUUCCACAUAUCAGGACCAUCAACUCCAUGAACUCAUCAGAAAUUUUGAGUCACGACCUGAGAACAACUAUGAGACAUUCAAGAGUUGUCUAUGGACACUUUUUGAUGAUUCUAGUUCAUGGAGAACAAGACUGCUUGUUCUUGUUCUAUUUAGUACUGAUGUAGCUACUAGUCUUUUCCAUCAGAACGCAGCAAACACCGCAGUAAGAAUCUUGUAUCCUGCGCAAACUAUCAUGGGUUGGAUCGCAUGGAAGCGAAAAUGGUAUUGGCUUUUGGCCUUAGCCCAACCGUGGAUGAUGUAUAGUGUGAACUUGCAUUUCUGGAUGAUGUGAAUGCUGUAUGAAUUGUUGGCAUAUCAGUUUAAUAUAGGGUCACAUUAUGCACUACGAGUUAAUUUUGAUCCACUGACUUUUUACACAUUAUAUUUAUACACAGAACUUGAUACAAAUUAUUUCUUAAUCACAUAUUUUAGUGAAAUAUCAUUCAAUCUUUGGAACAGCAGUAAAUAACACAAUUUGUGUUCGAAGUUAUGAAUGUAGAACAUUGUG